ACUCAUCAUUGCCUUUGAUGAGACAGCAAAUUCAUUACUAAGGUUUCACUUUAUAGGUUAGAUUAGACUUGGAUCAGAACAUCAAUCCCUUUAUAAAAUGAGUGGAGAUCACAAAAUACGUGUUGGAUCACGUAAAAGUGAACUCGCCCUAAUCCAAACAAGACAUGUCAUUUCCCUUUUGAAAGACUGUUUUCCUGAAAAAGAAUUCGAAAUAGUGACAAUGAACACUUUGGGAGACACUGUGCUUGACAUUCCACUGCCAAAAAUCGGAGAAAAAUCCCUGUUUACAAAGGAACUAGAAACGGCCCUUGCUACAGGGUGCGUUGAUUUCGUCGUACACUCUCUAAAAGACUUACCCACUUGUUUACCAAGUGGUAUGGCCAUUGGUGCAGUCCUAACAAGAGAAAACCCAAGAGAUGCUUUGGUACUUCAGAAAGACUUAAAAGACUAUACUCUCUCAACUUUACCUGCAGGCAGUGUGAUUGGUACUUCUAGUCUAAGGAGAACUGCCCAAUUGUCUAAAAAGUACCCCCAUUUGAAGGUUCAAAAUAUCAGGGGAAACCUGAACACAAGACUGAAAAAACUGGAUGAACUGGGACAAUACCAGGCGAUCAUUUUGGCGGCUGCAGGGUUGAUAAGGAUUGGAUGGAAAAAUAGAAUUUCAAAAAUUCUGACCGAAGACGAACUAUUAUACGCCGUAGGCCAAGGAGCCCUAGCGGUGGAAUGCCGAUCCAACAACGAGGAAAUCCUCAAUCUGCUGGAACCUCUCUACGACCUGCAAACCGCCAUUCGUGUGACAGCAGAACGCAGCUUCCUGAAAACCCUGGGAGGGGGCUGCAGCGCUCCGGUGGCCGUCAGCUCGGACCUCAAGGUCUCCGCUGAAAACGAAUACGAUAUUUGCUUGAAGGGAGCCGUUUGGAGCCUAGACGGACAAGAAGAAAUUUUGGCUGUCAGAAGUGCCGUGAUACCCGUGAAAAAAGACCUGCGGUGCGCUACUUGCCCCUACAGAAACUCGGACACCCCUGUCGGCGACAUCGAGAACCUCGAAUGCUUCAACAAGUGCGCCAUAAUCAACACGGAACCGACGAAAAAGCGCCCCAAACUGGACAUCCCGGCGGAGAUACUAAAAAACGACCCGCACGACAGCUGCCCCGUUCAGCUGCCGGUAGGGGCCGAUUUCAUGGGCCAAUGCCCCUACUUGGAGAACAGGUUCCAGGCAGGGACCAGCAAGUGCCCUGUCAACGGGAAAAUUGAAUCGGACGUGCCUCUGGAUGAAGCCAGCACCAAGUGCCCCUUUCUGCAGAGCAACGCGCUACCCCUGGAUAACCUAAUCGAAGAAGAACCUAACGAUUCGUACUGCGGCUUGGUUUUGCAUCCCCAAGCCACCCCUGAGGGCAUGGAGGCAGCGAGAAGGUUGGGGGAGGACCUAGCAAGGGACUUGAUCGGCAAGGGGGCCUUGGAGGUGAUGACGCAGGCGCAGGCUAUCGUACACGGACAGGUGCAGGCUGGGGGGAGAUGAUGGAGGGGUUCAGUUUGAGCAGGGGUUGGUAGGUGGGAGAGGUAUUUAGGGGUUCCAAUUGUUACAUAUUGUGGUUUAUACAGCUUUGUGGUUAUUUGUUGUUUAUUUUAUGUAAUAUAUUCUCUGGAUAU